AUCCAAUUAAUUACUUCCUUUGACAUCCUGCGAAAAUAAGAAAACUGGUUGCAUUGAGCCAGUCUGUUUGUUUGGGGAGUCGCAGCACGUGAAUAGAGAUCUCCCGCAACCACAACAAUCAUGUCGACCCAAGAGUUGGCCAUUCCCCGGAAGUUAUGGGAGCAUCCAGACCCGCAGAGCACUUACAUGUGGAAAUUCAAACAGAGCGUGGAAAAACAAUACGGUCUGAAUCUUCCGAACUAUGAUGCUUUGUACCAGUUUUCCAUAAGCCGUCGCUCCGACUUCUGGCGCCAUGUCCUCGAAUUCUUCCCCAUCGUCUACUCCGGCACCGUUCCCAACCCCGUUGUUGACGAAAAUGCCCGGAUGGACUCAAUCCCCCGUUGGUUCCCUGGUUUAAAAGUCAACUUUGCACAGAAUGUUCUCUUUUCUGGGGACAAGAACGGCAAUCCCGUCAUUGACGCAGCAAAGGCCGAUGACAAGGUCGUCGUCACCGAGGUCCGAGAGGGCAGCUUCCUCGAGCCCAUGGUGAACGUCACCUGGAAGCAACUGCGUCAACGCGUCGGUAGAUUAAGCCAGGCCAUGAGAGCACAUGGUGUCAAAAAAGGUGACCGUAUCGCUCUCGUAGCCAGCAACAGCAUCGACACCCUGACCGUCUUCCUCGCCUCUGCCACUCUCGGUGCACUAUUCAGUUCCAGCUCCACCGACAUGGGUGUCAAGGGUAUUCUCGACCGUCUGCUCCAGAUCAAGCCGAGAUUCUUGUUUAUGGACGACGUCGCUGUCUACAAUGGAAAGACAAUCGAUCUGCGACCCAAGAUGGAGCAGAUUGUCCAGGGAAUGAGCGGCGUCAACGAGUUCCAGGGAGUCAUUGGACAAGUGCGAUUCCACACCUCACCCAAAGACCUCUCUUCGGUCCCGCGAACCACUACCUGGACCAACUUCCUCUCCAAAGCAAAGUCAGACGCCUUGGAAUUUGAACCCACCGACUUUUCUGAUCCUUUGCUGGUCGUAUACUCCUCAGGUACCACUGGUCAGCCCAAGUGCAUUGUGCACGCCAUUGGGGGCGUCGUCAUCACCGCUCACAAGGAAGGAGGCCUUCAUCUCAACCUCGGACCUAACUCCACCAAAUUACAAUAUACCACAACUGGCUGGAUCAUGUACCUGUCGAGUGUGCAAGCUCUGGUGCGUGGUUGUCGCGCUGUCCUCUAUGACGGUAGUCCAUUUGUGCCCGACCUCCAGAGUUUCAUCAAGCUCGUCGGCCAGCAAAAGGUCACACAUCUAGGGAUCAGCCCGAGAUUUCUACAAACCUUACAAACCGGUGGUGUCAUUCCCAAGAAGGUCGCAGAUCUCUCGAAUCUGGUCAGCAUGACAAGUACCGGCAUGGUACUCUCCGACGCCUUGUUUGAGUGGGUCUAUGAUGAGGCCUUCCCACCACGAGUUCAUCUCGAGAACAUUUCCGGCGGCACGGAUCUCGCCGCAUGCUUCGGCGCCGGUGUCCCCAUCUUGCCGCUGUAUGUGGGUGGCUGUCAGGGCCGAGGGCUCGGCAUCCCAGUCAAAGUUUAUGACCAGACAAUUGAAGGUGGGAGAGGCGUCAAGGGCGUAGAGCUGCCCGAUGGCGAAGCUGGCGAAUUGGUCUGCGAUAAAGCCUUCCCCACCAUGCCAAUCACCUUCCUCGGAACCGAUGGGCCAAAGAGAUAUUUUGACAGCUAUUUUGCUCGCUUCGACAAUGUUUGGACACACGGUGAUUUCAUUCAGAUCCACCCCAUCACAAAGCAGAUCAACUUUCUCGGUCGGGCAGACGGAGUCCUCAACCCCAGUGGAGUUCGAUUUGGAUCCGCCGAGAUCUAUAGCAUCAUCGAGGCCAAGUUCGCCGACAUCGUUAGUGAUAGCAUCUGUGUGGGACAGAGAAGACCGCAGGAUAACGACGAGAGCGUUAUGCUAUUCUUGUUGAUGAAACCAGGACACAAGUUCACAGGAAAGUUGGUGAGAGAGGUCAAAGAUGCCAUCAGGAAAGCGACCAGUCCCAGACACGUGCCCAAAUAUGUCUUUGAGACCAAAGAAAUUCCGACCACUGUCAACCUGAAAAAAGUCGAAUUACCCGUCAAGCAGAUUGUUUCGGGCAAAAUCAUCAAACCUUCGGGAACAUUGUUGAACCCCCAAAGUCUGGACUUUUACUACCAAUUUGCCAAGGAUGAAAACUUGAUUGAUACGGCAGAUCCCAAGGCGAAGCUAUAGAUGUCGUCGUGGUUGAGAAGGUGGUGGUGCUGGUAGUAGUGGUGAUUGCAACGGCAGAUUGCUGGCGAUAUCAGGUGAUUUCACGUGAUCUGGUAACAAAGGGUCGUGUAUAUAGAUCAAUCAUGGCCAAUCGCUAUGACAGCUAUCGAAAGAUACAGAUAGAGGAGGGAUGUCGGCAAUAGAUUUGCGUCCUGGUAAUGGUCGCAUAUACGGAAUAUAAGAAAACGAAGACUUGCC